UCCGCGCCCCGCACCGCCCCCCAAGACACACCCCGCAACGGGCACCGCCCCCAGGGCGCGCCCCUAGUCCAGGCAGCCAGCCCUAACCAAAAGAUGGGGGACGCUGGAGCUGGAGGAAGUGGUGUCUGUUCAAGGUCACAGAGUAGUAAGUGGCACAAGGCCGUUCAAGAUUUAAAGCUGAACCUGACUCACGUCUACCUUAGAAUCCAUUCUCCUGAGCAUCAAAACCUCAGCCCCAUUUAUUCACUUAUUCCACAAAUAUUUAUUGAGAUCCUGCCUGCGCUGAGGUCCACACAGGCAUCGAGAAUAUACAGUUGAACAAAUCAGAAAGCCCUGCCCUUAGAAGCUUACAUUCCAGUGGGAGGAGACAGACGAUGAAAAAUAUAAAGAAAGAAAAGAUACAGUGUGUCAAUGAUAAAUGAAAAGAAAAUUCAAUAAAAAAACAGGGCGGUGGGGGGAUAAGAAACCUCUUUCUUUAUAUCCCCAAGGAUACGUAUCUCAUUGGCUCAAUGAAAGUUUACCUCAUUCAUCUGUGUCUCCCCCUCCCUCCCCACCACACACACAUCCGUUUCCCCGAGCCGAGGGCAGUCCCUGGCACAUUCUAUGGCAGAUCUCGCUUUGGUAAAUAAGUUUAGGGGUCCUGGAUUCUAGGCCUUGGGCAAGUCCCUGCCCCUCUCUGGGCCUCAGUCUCCCCAUCAGUUUAUGGAGGAGUUGGACUAGAAAGGGUCCCUAAGGUCCCUUCCAACUCUGACGCUCUACGAUUCUAUGAAUAGGGUUAAAGAGAACAGGGACCAGCGAUUGCUUCCCCACCCUAGCAACUGUUGCCAGACGAGGGCCAUCUCCCGGUAAGUGUUGAAACACCUCCCUGGAUCGGGGAGGUCUUGGGGGCAUCCCAUCAUGCAUCGCGACUUCGCCUCGCUAGGAGGCACGUUUUGUCCUCUUUGGUCACGGUCAUCCCUUUGGAUCCAGCCAAAGAGCGGGCCGCGUUCCUAUGGCAACCGCGCCAGGUCCACGCGCAGACGGCGGGUAGCAAGGGUCAAAACGGAUUCGCAAAGUAGAAGCCCUCGACCAGUUCAGUCCGUGACUUCCGGGCGCCGAGCCUUUAAGUGUCACGUGACCCCCAUCCACUCGUCCCCGCCCCUCUCCCCUCCCCAGGUCCCGGCGAGCGCUGGUGCGGACGGGAGGCUCCUGGCCCGGCGGACUGACUGGAGCACGGACGCUGCAGCCGGUUGGGCCGGUGCCCUUUCCCGGCAUCCUGACAAAAACAAAGAUCCUGGAGCAGAAGACAAGUUCAUCCAAAUUAGCAAGGCUUAUGAGAUCCUUUCCAACGAAGAAAAGAGAUCGAAUUACGAUCACUACGGAGAUGCCGGAGAGAACCAGGGCUACCAGAAGCAACAACAACGAGAGUAUCGCUUCCGCCAUUUCCAUGAGAAUUUUUACUUUGAUGAGUCUUUUUUUCACUUCCCUUUUAAUUCGGAGCGGCGGGACUCCAUUGAUGAAAAGUAUUUAUUGCACUUUUCACAUUAUGUGAACGAAGUGGUUCCAGAUAGCUUCAAGAAACCCUACCUCAUUAAGAUCACCUCAGAUUGGUGCUUCAGCUGCAUCCACAUCGAGCCCGUUUGGAAAGAAGUGGUUCAAGAACUGGAAGGACUGGGUGUAGGAAUCGGCGUGGUCCACGCUGGGUACGAGAGACGCCUGGCCCAUCACCUGGGAGCACACAGCACACCCUCCAUCCUGGGAAUCAUAAAUGGGAAGAUCUCCUUCUUCCAUAAUGCAGUCGUCCGUGAGAACCUACGACAGUUUGUAGAAAGUCUUCUUCCAGGGAACUUGGUGGAGAAAGUAACAAAUAAAAAUUAUGUCCGAUUCCUCUCUGGCUGGCAGCAAGACAAUAAACCUCACGUCCUCCUGUUUGACCAAAUGCCCGUCGUACCACUGCUGUACAAGUUGACCGCUUUUGCAUACAAGGAUUACUUGUCAUUUGGAUACGUACACGUCGGCUUGAGAGGGGCAGAAGAGAUAACAAGGCAAUACAAUGUCAAUGUCUACACCCCCACCAUCUUGGUCUUUAAAGAACACAUCAACAAGCCUGCAGAUGUUAUGCAGGCCCGAGGUAUGAAGAAGCAGGUCGUUGACGACUUCAUCACCCAAAACAAGUAUCUACUAGCAGCCAGGCUCACCAGCCAGAAGUUGUUCCAUGAGCUGUGUCCCGUGAAACGGUCUCACCGACAGAGGAAGUACUGUGUGGUUUUACUGACUCCCGAGGCUACCAAGCUGGGGAAACCCUUUGAGGCUUUCCUGUCCUUUGCCCUGGCAAACACACAGGACACCGUGAGAUUCGUGCACAUCUACAGUAACCGGCAGCAGGAGUUUGCCACCACCUUAGUACCGGACAGUGAUACGUUUCCAGGAAGAUCCGCGGUGUCUAUCUUGGAAAGGCGCACCACGGGAGGAAGGGUGGUGUAUAAAACCCUCGAAGCUCCCUGGACAGGGAGUGAGAGUGAUAAGUUCACCCUCCUGGGCCAUCUCGACCAGCUGCGCAGAGACCCCGCUCUCCUGUCCUCGGAGGCAGUGCUCCCCGACCUGACCGAUGAACUUGCCCCUAUCUUCCUCCUCCGGUGGCUCUACUCCGCUUCCGACUACAUCUCGGACUGCUGGGACAGCAUAUUUCACAAUAACUGGCGGGAAAUGAUGCCCCUUCUGUCCCUGGUCUUCUCUGCCCUCUUCAUCCUCUUUGGCACAGUCAUCGUUCAGGCUUUCAGUGACUCGAACGAUGAGCGAGAGUCAAACCCUCCAGAUAAAGAGGAAGUCCACGAGAAGGCCGGGAAGACUGAGCCAAGCUUCACCAAAGAAAACAGCAGCAAGAUCCCUAAAAAGGGCUUCGUGGAAGUAACGGAACUCACAGACGUGACAUACACCAGUAACCUGGUCCGCCUGAGGCCGGGCCACAUGAACGUGGUCCUCAUCCUGUCAGACCCCACCAAGACCAGCCUACUGCAGAAGUUCGCGUUGGAGGUCUACACAUUCACUGGGAGCAGCUGCCUGCACUUCUCCUUCCUGAGUCUGGACAAACACAGAGAAUGGCUGGAGUACUUGCUGGAGUUUGCUCAAGAUGCCGCCCCGAUCCCAAACCAGUAUGACAAGCAUUUCAUGGAACGGGACUACACGGGUUACGUGCUGGCCCUGAACGGCCACAAGAAAUACUUCUGCCUCUUCAAGCCCCAGAAAGCAGUGGAAGAGGAGGAAGCCAUGGGGUCUUGCGGUGCCCUUGACUCUUCCCUCCAUCUGGGCGAGUCGCGGGGGAAACCUUCCUGUGGCCUUGGACCCAGGCCCGUCAAAGGAAAAUUGAGCAAGUUGUCCUUAUGGAUGGAGCGGCUGCUGGAAGGCUCCUUACAGAGGUUUUAUAUCCCGUCGUGGCCCGAACUAGACUGAGAGGGGCUCAAGAGAGACUUAAACUCUUCAGGCUUUUUAAUAGGCCCCUGCGAACAGGCCUUUUCAGGACUCAACCUAUCACCGAGGACAGAGAAUAGAUUCUAGAUUAUUCUUCUGGAACAAUGGCUAGAAGAAUCUUUCCUUUGUCCUGUUCUAACCUAGGAGUGAAAAACACCUCAAGCUGAAUCCCCCAGAUCAAAAGAUUUUCCUGUGGGUUUCUUCGCCCUCGUUUGAAUGCCACACCAUCUAAAGCAGA